UUGCAACAUGACACUUUGGUCCACCUACUACCGUCAUGACGGAGCCAGACAGCUUUGACGAGCGACUACGGCAACGUGCAAAUCGCAGCCACCUUUUGGAUACAAUCCCAGUCGACCUAGAACCUCACGGUAACAUUCCAAACACGCCGCUGGCAGCAUCUACGAUAUCAUUCGCACUUGGUGCCCUCUUCUCGCUUGGAACAGCGCUAUUCCUCUCUGGUAGCCAUGUUUGCCCUUGGUGGGCGACAUACCAGUUAGGCUUUUUCCUCGCUGCAUGGUCUGCCUUUCAUUGGGGUGAGUUCGCAGUAACGGCAGGAUGGAACCGAGACAAAUGUAGUGUAGACUCCUUUUUAUUGGACAAUGGUGCCACCUAUCAUGUUGCAAAUGGCAGCGCGUUAGUGGAAUACCUCAUCACUCUCUACUUCAAGCCUUCCUUGAAGACGUUUCCUUACAUAUCCCAACUUGGAAUCGCCCUCGCAUUAAGCGGUCAGAUUCUGCGGACAGCAGCAAUGAUUUAUGCAUCUACUAACUUCUCACACUCCGUCGCAUUCCGAAAGAGGGAGUCGCACAAGCUUGUCACAGACGGAGUUUACUCGUGGUCCCGACACCCCUCGUAUGCAGGGUUCUUCUACUGGGCCUUGGGGACCCAACUGGUGCUGCAAAAUCCGGUUUGCUUUAUCGGUUUUGCAAUGACUUUGUGGCGGUUUUUCUCUCGCAGAAUUCGAGCUGAGGAACGAGCAUUAGUCCAAUUCUUUGCCGAGGACUAUCAUGCAUAUAGACGACGAGUUGGCACUCGAAUACCAUUCAUUCCCUAGUUACCCCAGUGUAACUCUCAUUCAUAGUAAAUUUAUCACACAACUGAG